GCGGGUCUCUCUCUCUCUCUCUCUCUCUCUCUCUCUCGCACUUGGUUUUCCUCCCUUCUCCUUUCCCCAAGCUUCUCUUUGGUCUCACUCUCUCUCUCUCUCUCUCGCUCUCGCUCUCAAGAUUUCAACUUUCAAGAAGAGAGAAGCUGAGCUCAGAAGAGAGAGUUCAAUGGGCAAGUACAUUCAAAAGGGCAAGAUCAAAGGAGAGCUUUCAGUCAUGGAGGUCUCUCAUCAUAAUCAGAGCCCCUCCUCUCUCGGGGUCCGAACCCGAGCCAAAACCAAAACCCUAGCUCUCCAGCGACUCCAGAACGCCGCACCCAAGCCCAAGUCCUCGCCUUGCUCCUCUGCUUCUUCUUCCUCCUCGUCAAAGUCUCCAUCUUGUUACCUCCAAUUGAGGAGCCGGAGGCUUGAGAAGUGCUUCGCUUCGAAGACCCAGAAGGGCUCUAACCCUAGAAAUGCUAACCCUAGCCCUAGUAAGAGGAGCGAGGGUUCGAAGCGAGUGGAGGCGGAAUUGGAGAAGGAUUUGGGGAAAGAGGUCUCUUUUGGGGAUAAUGUUCUUGAUGUUGAAGGCAAUGGAAGCAGGAAUUCAAGAGAAACCACUCCGUGCAGUCCGAUUCGGAGGGACUCUGAAUCUCUCGGGACCCCUGGCUCUACGAACAGACCUACAACCAGUACAACUGUUGCUAACGCGGGGAUUGAGAGUUCAACGCGAAGAAAUAUUCCAACCUCUCGUGAGAUGGAAGAAUUCUUUGCUGUACCGGAACAACGGCAGCAAAGAGCAUUUGCAGAGAAGUACAUUUUCCUUGAUCAUCCACCCCUUUCUGUAACUUUAGUGUAAAAUUAUCGGUUAAUUGCGAUAGACCCCCUGUAGUAUCGCCAAAUUUUGGAUAGAGCCCAUGCAGUUCUAGUGUUACGUAGACCCCUGAAUGAAAUCUUUUGACUCUUUUACUGUCAAAGAAAGAGAAAACUGAACUAUUUUCUACAAAUAGACCUCUUGAGGAAAUAAGAGUAAUAAAAAAAUCACUUAGGGAGUCUACCUGCAAUUGGUCGAGUACAUGGGGUCUACCUGAAAGAAUAUAACUACAGGGGUGAGUGGUCUAUCUGAAAUUGAGCGAUAAUUAGAUUGUCAAUCCGCAAUUAACCCUUAAUUAUCUACCAGUGUAUGAGUGAGCUUCUUCUAGUGUCAAAACUAGAAGACCUUUGAUUUUUUUUAUAUGCUGACUUUUUUUUUACUUGUUCGUUUUUUCUGCGUA